CGUUGUUUAAGUGUUAUUUGUAAGAAAUAUAAUAUUGUUUUAUCACUGUCAACCGUCUCUAGUUUUACAGUGUUAUUGUUCUGCAUCAGUUACUAAGUUCACAUUAUCCUCGUGAACUUUAAUGGAACCGUUUUCUAUUGGAAUACGCUGCGCGGUUCGAUUGAAUAGUUAGAUUUUUACUAGCCGAUGAAUUAAUUCCAUUGUGUGCAAAUUUGAAACGAAGUGGUGCUGAUUUACUACUUGUUAUGAAUUGAAAAAAUUUCAUCCCGCAGUAUUUCAUUCGUAUAUUUUUUAUAAUAUUCACUCAUUCUAUUAGUCAUUCAAGACGGAAUAGAUAGACGGAUACCUACCUAGUACCUACCACAGGGCACAGACACAGUACUCUAACUCGGUAACUCUUCCUCAGUAAAAUCUUGUGCUACUGUCGAGGAAAAUAUACCAUUUAUAUACCUACUACGAAAAAUAGUAAUAUCACUCUUCGCCACCGGCAAGAUGUUGGAGAACACACUGAACAGCAGCAUCAUGGCUGGCCAGCAGGAGGAGGCUGCAGACCUGGACACUGCUGGACGCAUGCUGGAGAAGCACAUUGCCUAUGACUCGUGUUUUCCUGCACUCACAGACAAAUUGCAGAUCAUGCCUAAAGGUGGGGUUACAGUCAGUGGUCUUAGUGAAAGUGAUUAUCCAUGUGGCUCUGGGUCUAGCAGCUCCAAUGCUGCCUUGCGUCACCUCCACACUAUGAGAAAAGUUCCACUGCCAAAAGAGCUACUGCACCACUUUCAACACAUGCAAUGCAAUUGUAUGAUGGGGCUCUUCCCUGAGAUUGGUAGGGCAUGGCUGACCAUCGACAGUGCCAUCUAUGUCUGGAUGUACAAAGAUGGGAGCGACUUGGCUUAUUUUGAUGGCCUGCAAGACACCAUUCUGGCUGUUGCCCUUAUCAAGCCCAAACCUGGUGUGUUCAAGCCUUACAUUGAACACCUUUUGGUGCUCACCACGCCCUCUGAACUUCUGCUGCUUGGCGUCACAUUCUCUCAAGCAUUGGAGGACGACAGCACGUCAUGCCUGACGCUGCUGCCAGAACCGCUCUUCUCAGUAGCCAACGAUGGCGUUGUGCUCGCGACCGUCACGGCCACCAGCACCGGCCGUCUCUUCAUGGGCGGCAGGGACGGUGCCCUUUGGGAGCUCCUCUAUCAGGCAGAGGAAGGUUGGUUUAGCCGCAAGUGUCAGAAAGUGAACCACUCCCGCUCUGCACUGGCCUCCCUCCUGCCCUCCUUCCUGACACUCUCUGAGCAGGACUGCCUCAUUCAGAUUGACGUAGACGAAAGUCGUUGCUGUCUCUUCACGUUGAGCGAACGCGGCAGCAUUAGCCUGUAUGACAUCGAGGGCGGCGCGUGUACACGUGUUGCUACAUUAACACAUGCCACGAUCAUGACUGCUGCCUCUGCUGCUGCCAGGACCGUCGAUAAGGCGAACUUCAAAAGCAUCGUCAGCAUCUGCGCCCUGACGGCUUCUGAAGCAAGCUGGCUGCACCUGCUGGCCUUCACGAGCUGUGGCGUCCGGCUUUACUUCACAGCAACUGCGGCCGCCUCUCCCGCCAGUGCGCGGCCCCACCACCUGCAGUUGGUGCACGUCCGUCUGCCUCCAGGCUUCUCUGCCAACUCCCUCACCCACCGCCCCACCCGCGUACACAAAGCGCUAUACAGCAAUGGAUGCUCCGUGCUGUGCGCGAGUGAGGCGCCCGACAGCGACGUGUUGUGGAGCGUCUCCCCUGAACAAUUCCCGCAACACGCCACGCUCGCUGAGAGCGCUGCCGUCCUCGCUGUCGAUGGCGUCAUCUGGGCCAUUGCUGACGUCACUCCCACGUCACGCUGGUGUGCCACGUCUUCGGAGCCUCGGUCGCCGCUGGUAGUGACGCAGCUGCACCAACCACCACGGGAGCUGGUGGUGCUCUCUGCUGCUGGUGCUCACCUCCUCACCUGCCUGCGACCUGUCGACCAGCUGCGCCAUCUGCUCCAGGACGGACGAGGAGCUGACAGCGUCUUGGUGAAAGAGUUCUUCUCGGCCCUGGGCUCCACUCAGGCCUGCAGCGUAGCGCUCCUGUUGGCUACUGAUCCCAGCCCUGCUGCAACCCAGGUGGCUCAGGCAGCAACUCAGUGCUUGUUCCGCUACGGCUCAGCUGCUCCUGCUGCUCUCGCGGCCUCUUCUCAGCUGCACCAGAGCUACUCUUUCCAUCCGACGCAGAUGUCGACGCCAGCAGGAGUUCAGCAGCAGCAGGGUUCAGCAUCAGACAGUCGUGCGGUCGCGACACAACAGUCGACCGAGGACUCCUCUGCUCUACACACGUCCCUAUACUUGCACCUGGCCCGCAUCCUGCGGCCUGUCUGGGCGGCACCCCUCCUCCCUACCGACCCGUCCACGCAACUUAGCGAGAGUUCGCUGUCAUCAGAAGAGUGUGUCUACUUGGCUCGUCAUGUUGAGUUGCUGGCUCGCUUUAUUGGCAAUCCUCCUGACGGCACACCGUCCCAGCCUCCUCCUCCCACCUCUGGAAGCCACACGAACGGUGGUUUGGUGGCUCGCUGCAGCAGUGGCGACGAGGCGCGCAGCAUAGCUGCCGUGUUGCAGCUGUUACGACACCUGCUGCAGCUGCUUCGCCUCUGGGCACUUCUCACCAAUAAUCAGCUGCCAGCCAUCAUCUCACAGCUGCCCACUGCUGAACAGGAGCAGCUACGAGGUCUUACGCUGCGUGACCUGGCGCUGUCAGGCUCCAGUGUGUGCCGGGCUCUAGUUAUGGCUCUUCUGGACAGAUACCAUGGAGAUGAGGCCUCCGUGUCGACCAUUUCACGUCAGCUCCGCUCGAGCUGCCCGUCGCUCUACCGCGCUGAAGACGCGCAACUCAGCGCCGCCAGUCAGCUCAUCCUGAGCGCGCGGACAGCGGCCUCCCCUGCUGAUCGUGACGCUGCCUUCGCCCAGGCUGUUACUCUGUGCAAGGGCGUGGGAGGUUGCGUGAACGUGGCGGGUGUCGCCGCGCAACUGGCGGGCGGUGGAUGCUACACGGGCCUCGUGGACCUCGCUCUCAGUGUGGCGGCGCAGCGCGACGAGGAGGGACGUGCGCUGCUCUUCUACAAGGCGGGUCGGCCUUCUCAUGACACUAAGGGACAUGCUGCUUUUACCACCAGAAUGGAGUGCUACCGCGUGAUCAUGGAGCACUUGGCUCAGCUGAUGGGCAGCAGCAGCGGCAGCGGCGGCCAAGAACUCUCCUCUCCUGCCUCUGUCCCCCGCCGGCCUGGACCCCCUGCCCCCCCAUGUGCUCCCCCUCAUGAAGCCUCAUCUCAAGCUCAACAGAUGAUGGAGAUGGUGUGCCGCAGCGGGGAUGAGCUGGCACAGGUGUCACUAAUCCAGUGGCUGCUGGACUCUGGACGCACAGACCAGGUGCUGGCGCUGCAGUGUCCUGCGCUUGAAGGGUUCCUCAAGGCGCCCCCGACCCCCCGCCUUGACCUGCUCUGGCGUCUCUAUGAACGCAACAAGGAAUAUUAUAACGCUGCCCGUACCCUCGCUCUGCUCGCUGACCAACCUGGGUCGACAUGCCUGAGAGAACGUGUGGAGCAGCUUUCGCGCGCUCUGAUGUGUUUGAGCGCUUGUGAAAUGAACACCGCGACUGCCUUCACAGACUUCUUGUUGCACCUCGAGGAGAAAAAAGAAGUGGCGCGUGUGCAACUCAUGGUACUGGAGGGCGUGCGAGCUGCAGGUGCGGACGAGACGACCAUGCAACGUCUGGACAGUUCUCUGCUGGACAUCACCACGCUGUAUGAGCAGUUCGCUGAGCCCUAUGGCUUAUGGCGAUGUAAACUAGCAAUCGUUGCCUGCGCUGGACACAGUGAACCGCAACUCGUGCAGUCGCUGUGGUCGCACAUCAUAGACGAGGAGCUGCAGCAGAGUCAGGGCGCGCCUGUCUCUGAACGUCUGGACCGCCUUGCUGCCUCUCUCAAAGCCCUUGCUCAUCUGUACAGCAGCAGCCCCAGCUACUUCCCAUUGGAGCACAUCAUCAGGCUAUGCGAGGUGCAGUCCGUGCGUCUGAAGGCUGCCAGCGAGGGCUGUGUUGGCUGGCUUGUUUCUGCUCUACUGUCUUGCGGCGUCACCAUCAGCAGACUACUGACCACCUACCACACAUUGUACCGCAGCGGCGAGAGCGUCUGGGAGACAGAGAGGGAGCCACACCACUUGCUGCGCGUUAUGGCUUACCUUUUCAACCAUCUACUCGAGUGUCCUCCAGCCUCCCUCACACCUCACGACAGACGUCUGUUGAAGGAGCUAAGUCUUGACCGCUUGGCCUCGUACCUCACUGAUCUCGAUGCCUCAGCCGAACCUUCUGCUGGUCUUCUUGCUGCUCAUUUGCGGACAUGCCAAGUGCAACUUGAGCGCUCUUUUGCUUGACAAGCUCAACCCAUCCCACACCAGUGCUCGAUUUUGAUUGACUUGGCGAGUAUCCUCACUCACGAAGUGCAAGAUAAGAAGUUUUUAAUAUUGUCGAUUCCAUUUCCGUUAAGUACGUGUACGUUUAGUUGACGAACUGGCUUCGUUUCACUCUUAUCGAAUUCAACUUCCAUUUAGAUUGAUAAGCCGGACCGAAGUACGUCAACCCGAGUAAAAUAUCGUGGAAAAUCGUUAAGAACGCAAGUUGUUCAUGGAACGACUUUAUACCCGAUUUUAAGUAAUGCAUAAGCAUUUUAUAUGCUCUAUGUGUUUGGACUCUGUCAUUAUGAUUGAAUAUAGUUUCAUCUGUUCUUACUAAGAAUCGAAGACUAACUUCAAACAUUAUUUUAAAUAAACAUGAUGAAAAGAAU